AUGAAAAGUUGGUCUCGAAGAAGAAGACGGCCCGCCUUCCGCGCGCCAACCAAUAGAAAAGCGUGCGUAAGCGUGUUAAAUUUAAAAGUAGAAAACGUGCUUGAGCGGUCGUGGGGAACACGCAAACAUCGUGUAGAUUGUGGCACGCACGCGGUCGCGCCGGUACAGGCCCUUGUCAACCAUAACGCGGCCGCAGCCGGCCGGGUUAACCAGUUAACCGGCCCGGCCGACCCGCCCGCGCCCGGU